UAGCAAUUUAGUUAUUACAAUUAUAUACCUGAAAUAUUCUAUUGCAUUAAAGAAUUGAAUUCAAGUGAAGAACUUGGCAGUUUACCCCUUAGUUGAUGUUUACCCCAUGGCGUCGUCUAGAAAUGACUAACUAAUGCGCGAUUGGCAAAUGGUUCUUCCUGGCGUUCUCAAGAAAUUUCACAAUAUUUUCUGGUACAAUUUAACAUAAAAUAAUUUUGACAUUUACUAAACUUCAUCAUUCAGUAAUUACAUGAGUGUUAUUGGUGCUCAAAAUUGAUAAUUAACUAUAACUGUACACUUUUACAAUGGUUUCAAAUGAAAUUGAUGAAAUCCAAAAUACAUAAUCAAGAUCAAGAUAAUUACCAGUAAGUAAGGUAUUUUUAGAGGUCGACAAUCACGAGUUUGAUGGUUUAAUAAAAUUAACUAUGACAUUCAAGAGAAAUACUAGUGCGAGUCACUACACGUGAAAACGCGAGAGCUCGGCAAGUCCGAUUGAGUUAAUUUUAUUUAUUAAACAGAAAAAUGUGAUUUCAAACCUGGUCUCUUUCACAUUAACAUCAAACACUUUGAAUUUAUCUUGUUCUGUGUUGCAUCUACCUAAAUCUGAUUUGCUACUCUGAGAAAAAUUGUAUUGGAAACCUUAGCUCAUAAGUACUUAUAUCAUCAGUCUGAUAUAUACGCAAGUUCACCACGAAUAAAAAAGUAAAUAUAAUCCAAAUAAAUUCAAUUUCCUAUUAAAUGUUAUCACCUGAACUUAUCAAUGCACUGCUGUUCUCACACAAAAUUGUUUCAACUCUGGAGAUUUAAAAACAUAGGAGCUACAAUUUCUGGGAUUACACUUUACAAACUUUACAAUUUUCUGGGAUUUUCUUGAUUUUUAAUUCAAGUCCAUCAGUAGAUGUUCUUAAGCGCUACAAAUGGUCAGAAUUAAUUUGAUUUAAUAUAUGUUUAGCCCAUAAGCUUAAUUAGUUAUCUUUAAUGAUGCAAAUGCGAUACAUCAUCUGAUAUUGGUAUGCAGAACAAAUAUACUGAGUAUGGCACGAUAUAAGCACGACACAUUAGAGUGAAAUGUGCUUGUUGAAUUUAACCUUACACCUUCAUAAUUAUUAGUCGCCGCUUGUGCCACACAAAGGCUACAAAGAAAAUUUAGCUUGACCACGCGAUAUGACUUUAAGUCUUUUUUUUCUAUCAAACUCUCACUGAGAAAAUCUCUAAUCAGUCUAUUAAUAUUUCCAUGCAUUGGCAGAAAUCAAAUGCUAAAAAAAAUAAAUGUUCUCUAAUCCGGUGUCUAAUGCAUCUACUGUAUAAAAUUUUUAAUUGUGUAAGUAAUUACUGCAAUGAUUGUAUUUUGGUAAUGACUGAUUAUUCAUAUUUUUUUCAGUUUUGCUUUGUCAUUACUGAGAGCAUUGCAUGUUUGAAAAGUUGCAGCAAGCAGUCAUGUCAGUUGCAGAAAUCAACCCUGGUGAAGAAAAAGUAGCCUUGGGAUUCAUCGAAGAAGCUGAACCUUGGGUUUUGAGAAGCAAAUAUUUUCCUAGUAAGGUAGGAGGCCAGCCUGCAUGGCUUGCCUUAGACAACCUACCCACACACAACCAGCUAAGCUGCCAGGUCUGCAGUGAUCCUCUUACAUUUUUGUGCCAAUUGUAUCUCCCAGACUCCAGACAUGACUACUCCUUCCACAGGACCAUAUUCUUGUUUGUAUGCCACAAUGGCGGAUGCUGCAUACCCAACACAAGUAAGGGCAUCAAAGCCUUCAGAUGUCAGCUGCCGCGCCGCAACCCAUAUUAUUCCUACGAGCCUCCGGUUGAGGAGGAAGCCACCAGCGCCUCACCCAGUGCUGCUGACUAUGGCAGCGUGUGUUGUAUUUGUGCUGCUCGGGCAGAUAAGGUGUGUUCCCAGUGUCACCGCACAUCCUACUGCUCCAAGUCGCACCAAUCGCUGCACUGGAAGCUUGGACAUAAACACGAAUGCAAAAAACUAGCCGCCGGUCCUGGGCCAUCAUCAGUUUGCGCAGCCAGGACUUCUCUGUUGUUCCCUGAAGCAGAAAUUAUCCUGGAGCCCCAAGAGAACGCGUCCGAGUCAGACGACGACGACGCUGAGCUGACCGAGGACCAAAUCAGGGAGCGUCUUGCCCAGUUCUCUGAUGCUCAGAUUGUGGCAGGUGCACAUGACGAUCCUUACAGCAUAGACACUCUUGAAAAUGUUGCCACAGCCGAUGCUGACCCCGUAUUUACUGCCUUCAAGGAACAGAUGGACAAGCAUCCUGAACAGGUGAUCAGGUAUCACAGAGGCGGCGCGCCGCUGUUCUGCGCUCAGCAGCCCAAGCCUGUCAGAGGCAAGCGACACAACUGCCCCCACUGCUCCAGGCCGAGAACUUUCGAAUUUCAGGUGAUGCCACAAAUGCUGGACCAUUUAAAGCUGGACGUCGUAGAGGGUCCCAGCCUAGACUGGGGCGUGCUGCUCGUUUUCACGUGCAACUGCGACGUGAAGUUCGGCUACGUCGAGGAACUAGUAUUUAAGCAAGACUACGCCGAAUGUCAAGAGAAAGCCCCGUCUCAGCAGUGAUAGUUGCUUUGUUGUCUUGAUGCUGUCUGUGGCUGUUUCGGGUUGUAUUUGAUCCACUUAAUUCGUUUUUACAGCUUACAACGAUAUCAUCACCAGACGCUUUUAAAAGUUUUUACACUAAUAAGACAUUGCUGAUUUCAGGUGGGAAUUGCACUUUCAUGUUCAUGGUCGUCGAACUAAUUAGAGAAUUAAUUACAUGAUAUUCGCAUGCGUAUUUUAGUUAAACGUUUGAUGCUUCUCCGUGUUUCUGCUUGCAUCGCACGUGUAGCUAUGCGUGACAUCAUGUUGAGCGAAAUCACUAAACAGAUUCUAGAACAAUUGGUAAGUUUUCUUUGACAGCGUCUGUCAAUGGCUCCAUGUUGUAUCAAUAGUCAAGUUUACUUUCCUGCCAUUGCAUCUGCAUAUUUUUUUUUUUUCUAAAUAAAAAUUUCAAUUUUUCAAGUCUU